AUGUUUACUGAUACCAAUCUUCCUUUGGACUUCACGUAUUGUCUUUGCUAUGGCGAAUACGUAGAUCCAUCCGAUAAAUCGGCCCCUCUGAUUUGUAGAUCAUGUGAGAAACUCAGCCAUCGACACUGCACAUGUUAUGUGGGUCCAGAUCACGAUUUCGAAUGUUUUCUAUGCCAGGUUCAAGUACUAGAUCCUUUUAACGCUGUGGUUGAAUUUUUGUGGUACGGUCGCAUGGGAAACAAACACGAGAUUUUGAAAAUUUCUGCUCCACAAUUUGAUAAGUGGUUGGCACAAAAUAGGGACGUAUACGUUGUAUCACUGCCGCUAUCUAAGAAUAAACUUGUUCACGAGUGGCCAAAGACUUUCGAAUUAAGAAUCAACAAUGAACUCGUGCAUGUAGUUAAGGCACCAAAUUGGGGACACACUAGAAGAGACAACCCUAUAAAGGUAACUUACGCAAUGCAUACAGGUGACAACAUGUUAGAAUUAUCUAGCACUACGUACGAUGACCCAGUGUCGUUUUUCUUAAUCGUAAUAAUGGUUUCAAAGAGAAUUUCCGUUGAAAGGAUUAUUGAGACAAUUAAAAAAAGGCGAACUAUUACGGUUUUCGAAUCGAAGCGCAGAAUAUUGGAGUUUCUAAAUACACAUUUCGAGGACGACGAUGUAAUAUGCGUCAAAAACAAUAGGGUUGAAUUAAAUUGCCCGCUUACGUUGGAUAGAAUUGAGUUGCCAACGCGGGGGAAACUCUGCAAGCAUAUACAAUGUUUUGACUUGAGUGCUUACCUUCAGGUUAUGCAAAAUAUGUCCACAUUCAAUAAGCGGUGGAAGUGUCCAGAAUGCCCAUUAACAGUGAAGCCGAUGGAUUUGGUAAUCGAUGGUUAUAUGCUUGAAAUCUUAAAGUCUACUCCACAAGGAGCGUCCACAGUGGAGUUGAAUGAAACGGGAGAUUACAGGGUAGUCAAUUGUUCUAGCAUGUGCAAAUAUGUAAAAGGCCCCGCUGAGUUGGGCAAAACAAAAAACAGGGAUUGUGCAACAAUACAAGGCGAUAGCAGCACAUUUAACAACGAUCACGUCUCAUCUGAUAGCGGAAUUGGAGAGUUACAUACACAUUUUGGCUCAAAACGAAGCGGAACUGACGAUGUUUUCGUAAAGGUAGAAGGCGGCAUAAAUGUAGGUUAUAUUAUUAACUCGGACAUGAGUGACCUGUUUUCUGCCAAUACAUCAACUGAAUGCACACCUAAAGAGCUGUUGAUUUGUCUGGAAUCCUCUGAUGGGGAAGAAUAUUCUAAAAACGGCGCGCAACGGCGGGUGGAAAGUCAGCAACCCACGUGUGAUAAACGUGACGAGAAUCUGUGCGACGCGUUUUCUCAAGCAAACUCAAACGCUUUAGGUAAAUACGCAAGUGAGGUUGCGAGCGGAAAUAAAUCGUCUAGAGGACAACUACAGGCGUACGGAUGCCCAAAGUCUACCCUGUCACAAAGGCUCAGCAAUCUGCCGCAAAUAGCGGGCGACGCCCACAUCACUAAAAGCAUAAAACGCAUUACAACCGACACAUAUGCGAGUCAAUCGUUUAUGCCUGUAUCGCCCUCCACAGGUAGCGCUGUGACUGCAAAAACAUGCGAACAUCCGGCAUUGAUGAAACGGUCUAAACAAAAAACUGCGCUGGAUAUUAGUGCGCUGAGGUUUGGUUUUUUUCGUUAA